UAACGCGUUGGAGUUUUGUCAGUUUUCGAGCUGCAGACACACUUCAAGCAUUGUUGCGCUUUCAGCGACGAUCAAGUCUUCAGACUGACUGAAACCUGUUGAGAGGGAACACAGAAGAUUUUCUUUCAGUUUUGCGGGUUUCAUCUGGAGCUGUCAGAUCCUGAAGAGCAGAGAUAUCGGGUCGAUCCUACCAGAGUGAUGCGAUGGAGUCUCCAUAGGAAUCUGGAAGACAAUCCAUCCUGCAGCGUUUCAUUGAUCAGAGCGCUGAUCACCGAGCUGGACAAGCUGAUUCAGAUUCAUGAAACGCGAUCCUACACUCACACGAUUCCAGCGCUGCACACUCUCUCCUACGUGGUUAUGCAGUCAGGUGUCAUGAUUCCGACCAGCGUUUACCAGAAGCUAUAUGAGUGCUUGAUGAAACUGCUGAUGUUUCCGUCUCCUUAUUCUUCUGUGGCCCUGAGCACUCUGAGAGGCAUCAAGAUGGAGAUGACCACACCAGGUUCCUCGUACCUCAGGAGAGUCACCGCAGAGCAAAACUUGAUGAACGAGCGUUUCACUCUCCAGGAGAAGGUGUUUGUGCUUGCUGACCCAGCUGUGUUCUCUGCUCCGCUGGAAGCAGCAGUGAGAACACACUUGGAGGAGUCCAGCUUUUUCACAGACACCAUGGAGAAGAAUGUGGUGCUACACGUGCUGCAGACGGGACUGGGGACGUCCUGCCAAAGCUCCACGUUGGCUCAGGCUCUGAAGGCUUUGGGGGAACAAACGACAAAGACGUAUUUCCAGGAAGUGGUUCAAGCCGUGGAGAAGAGUGAGACACAGGGUGCAGGUGGUUGUGCCGACUAUCUGAACAGACUGCAACGCAUCUACAAAGACAUCCUGACUGCCUCUAAAGAAGAACAAACUGAGCUCGAUCAGAGUUCUGUGUUCAACACUGCAAUGCCCUAUCCAGAGAUCAACUUCCACUUGUGGAGAGACAAAGAGGAUCUAUGGAAUCUGCUGGCAAACUUUGCAGCGUGCUGCGCCUCUAAAUCAAAUGCUUUUGAUGAAGAGCAGAAGGACAAGCGGGACUCAGUUCGGUCUGUGGACGGUGGGAUAGAGAGAGAGCUAAAAGAGAGUGACUUGGAUGAUGUAGCGCCGCCUGCACCAUCAAACCCUGCACCAACAUUAACGCGGAGAAACGCCAUCAAGACCACGAAGGCGCCACAAAAACUGUUCUUCAUGAGGGACAAGAUGGACCUUCAUCCUGAAAGCCCCAACAAAGACAGGAGGCGUCACACAGCUCGGGUGGUGGUGCUGGGAGACGACCGCGUGCUGGGAAGAGUUACCAGAGCUUACCACUCGAUUCGAGAGAGAGAGUCAAAAUGUCAUAUUUUGACCGAGAAGGUGAACCUGCGGUUUUACUACAUCCCGGUCUCUGACGAGGAGCUCUCGCUCACUCCAGCUGAGGGCCCAUGUCAGAUGGAGAGCAGAUUGUCUCUUGCCUCCUUACUGGGAAGAGUGGAUCCAUGGUACAACAGCAACAUCAACAGUCUGGGAGCAGCGAUCUCCAAACUGGCAGGAACGCAGUCGGUCCACAAAGAGCCAAAAAAGCCCAGCGCCUUCCUGCUGGACACACUGUGUUAUUACCUCCGCUGUGGGACGCGGCCACUUAAGCUGCCGCUCUAUUCGGUUAAGAUGACCCGCUCCGGCUGCGACGUGAUAAAAGAGAUGUUUGUGUCCCACCUGGAGGCCGUCAUCCCAGAGUUCAGACCCCUCAUAGAAAAGUCCUCUCAGAAGCAGGGUGUGCGCCCGAGGAAGACGAGAGCGGAAGUCUUUGGGUCGGUCCUCUCAGUCAGUUACACAGAGAUCGCUUUGAGCAAACGAGGAGUGGAAAAGGGAAACACACCCAUGACGUGUGGCGUGGUGAUUGCAUCGGAGCCGGCCGCUGUAACAUCAAGCAGGGGUCAUCUUACCGUCAAGUUUCACAGCGUGAACCCGGAAAAUAACAAAACCAUCCGAACCCAGGAAAUCAGCAUCAGAGCCACGCAGUCGCUGACCCUCUCUGUGUGUCUGGACAAGGACUCCCGUUGUACUUACGGCAAUAUUCAAAGGGUGGAAAUUUCUCCGUGCUUGGACCCGGGAUGCAGCAUCUGGUCCAAGUCAGAGCGAGAGCUGCUGUUUAGCAACGACGUGGACAAAGUCCUGUACCUGCCGGUCAACACCUUCAGUGGUGUGUCCCCCUGAGGGACACGCUGCACUAAACCCAUAGUCAUACAUGUGUUGCAUUGUUGAAUGCUGUGUGUUUUGAAGCCGUAAUAUUAAGCGUUACCUUCAUUUCGCAACACAACAUGUAGUAAUAGUAUGUUCUUGUAAUGCUGUUCACAGGGGAAUUCAUUUUCAGUUUGGUAAUAUCACAUUGUCUGAUCUGUGAUCUUUCACUAUCUGUUUGAAAUGAGGAAACACAUAUGAGGAAGAAAACCAUGUGGUGUGAGUCUAUCAUGUGUGCUGAAUAAAGAAAACUACCUGUC